AUGUCCUCGGCCACUGAUAUGGUGUGCAGGCUGUUAACCUUUCACGUUGUUCUUCCCCGUGCACCGCCUAAGAUUUUUGCAGUGACAGUCAAAUCGAAAAGAAGAGCAGUAAUGGCUCCGAAGCAGCCACACACUGGCUUAUUUGUUGGUUUGAACAAGGGCCAUAUUGUGACUAGUAAGGAAUUAGCUCCACGUCCAUCCUCUAGGAAAGGCAAAACAAGCAAGAGAGUGCACUUUGCAAGGAGUCUUAUAAGGGAAGUUGCUGGAUUUGCACCAUACGAGAAGAGGAUUACUGAGCUUCUUAAAGUUGGAAAGGACAAGCGAGCUCUGAAGGUAGCUAAGAGAAAGCUGGGCACUCACAAGAGGGCAAAGAAGAAGAGAGAGGAGAUGUCAAGCGUCCUCCGUAAGAUGAGGGCUGCUGGAGGUGGUCAUGAGAAGAAGAAGUGA